AACGUUUCAUUUUGUCUCUGCAGGUUGCAGUGUUGUUAUUGCCUCUCGUAAAUUUGACCGAUUAAAAGCUGCUGCGGAAGAACUAAAUAAUACAUUUUCUUCCAUGAGUCCUGCCAAAGUGACUCCUGUACAGUGCAAUAUCCGCAAAGAAGACGAGGUAGAAGCUUUGGUGAAGUCUACACUGAGUCUGCAUGGGAAGAUUGACUUUCUGGUGAAUAAUGGAGGGGGCCAAUUUGCAAGUCUUUCUCAAGACAUCCGUGCAAAAGGCUGGAAUGCUGUGAUAGACACGAAUCUGACAGGGACCUUCUACUGCUGCAAAGCAGUGUACAAUGCCUGGAUGCGGGAACAUGGAGGAGUCAUUGUCAACAUUACUGCUGCCAUGAGAAAUGGGUUUCCUGGAAUGUCGCACUCAGGAGCUGCCAGAGCUGCAGUGGAUAACCUGACCAAGACUUUAGCUUUAGAGUGGGCCCACAGUGGAGUGAGAAUCAACAACGUUGCUCCUGGAAUAGUAUUUUCAGAAACUGCUGUUGCGAACUAUGGAGAACAAGGUACGAUGAUGUGGUUAAAGAGCAUACCAAAGAUUCCUGCCAAGAGGUCAGCAGUUCCUGAGGAGAUCUCUCCUGCAGUGUGUUUCCUACUGUCUCCAGCUGCUUCUUACAUAACUGGGAUAACCCUGGUUGUGGAUGGUGGCCUAAGUUUAUAUGGCCAUACCCUAGAAAUACCUGAUCACGACAGGUGGCCCUCACCACCGGAAGGAAGAAACACUGAAAUGCUUAAAAAGCUUCUUUCUGGCACGUUCAAGCCAAAGCUGUAA